CGAGAGGACUCUCGGUCCUCUUCAUCGACAAACUCGCCCGCCCCAGCCGACAACGAAGAGUCCGACUUCUUCCUCGGUGCCAACGACUCUCAGUCCUCCCUCGGCGUCCCAAACUUCCAAGACAUGCAAGUCGACGACUCGUGCUGGCCGCCCGUCAACCGGCUGCCCAACGAGAUCCUCAUCGGCGUCUUCUCCAAGCUGAGCUCGACCUCGGACCUGUACCACUGCAUGCUCGUGUCCAAGCGAUGGGCUAGAAACGCCGUUGACCUGCUGUGGCAUCGGCCCGCAUGCUCCAACUGGAAGAAUCACCACAGCAUUUGUCAGACGCUUGGUCUGGAGCACCCGUAUUUCCACUAUCGCGACUUCAUCAAGCGCCUCAACCUCGCUGCCUUGGCCGACAAGGUCAACGAUGGCAGCGUCAUGCCCCUCGCCGUCUGCUCCAGGGUGGAGCGCCUGACGCUGACCAACUGUCGAGGUCUGAGCGACACUGGCCUGAUUGCCCUCGUCGAGAACAGCUCGUCUCUGCUGGCUCUGGACAUUUCCAAUGACAAGCACAUCACCGAGCGGUCCAUCAACGCCAUUGCAACGCACUGCAAGCGUCUGCAGGGCCUCAACAUCUCGGGCUGCGAGAACAUCUCCAACGAAAGCAUGCUUACCCUGGCCCAAAACUGCAGAUAUAUCAAGAGACUGAAACUAAACGAAUGCGUCCAACUGCGCGAUAACGCCGUGCUUGCCUUUGCCGAGCACUGCCCAAAUAUCCUGGAGAUUGAUCUCCAUCAGUGCGUCCAGAUCGGAAAUGGCCCCAUCACAUCUCUUCUGUCCAAGGGAAACAGUCUCCGCGAGCUCAGAUUGGCCAACUGCGAGCUGAUUGACGACGACGCCUUCCUCUCCCUGCCGCCGACCCAGGUCUACGAGCACCUACGGAUCCUCGACUUGACCUCUUGCAGCCGUCUCACCGACGCAGCCGUUGGCAAGAUUAUCGAUGCUGCGCCUCGCCUGCGAAACCUGCUUUUGUCCAAAUGCCGCAACAUCACGGAUGCCGCCAUCCACUCCAUUGCCAAGCUCGGCAAGAACCUCCACUAUGUGCACCUCGGCCACUGCAGCCAGAUCACCGACGAGGGUGUUAGUCGCCUGGUGCGAAGCUGCAACCGCAUCCGCUACAUUGACCUGGGAUGCUGCACGCUUCUCACUGAUGCGUCCGUCAGGUGCCUUGCCGGGCUGCCCAAGCUCAAGCGCAUUGGCCUGGUUAAAUGUAGUAGUAUUACGGAUGAGUCCGUCUUUGCGCUUGCCGAGGCUGCAUAUCGUCCGCGGGUUAGGAGAGAUGCCAAUGGCAUGUUUUUGGGCGGCGAGUAUUUUGCCCCCAGCUUGGAGCGAGUCCACCUCAGCUACUGCGUCAAUCUGACUCUCAAGAGCAUCAUGAGGCUACUUAACUCGUGCCCCCGUCUCACCCAUCUUAGCUUGACUGGCGUGGCAGCAUUUCAACGAGACGAAUUCCAGCCCUUUUGCAGAACAGCACCACCUGAGUUUACGCAACAUCAGCGGGACGUCUUCUGCGUCUUUUCUGGAAACAUGGUGUCCAAGUUCCGCGAAUACUUGAACACUGCACCACAAUUUGCAGAUCUCCGAGAUGGCUUCUUUCAACGACAUGCCGGUCGUAUGAGAACAGUUCCACACCGACCCAGCGGAUUACCCGCGAUUCCGCCCACCGAAGGCGAGGGUUUUGAUGACGACAUGGCCUACGAAGAUAAUGACUUUGAGGGGUUGGACGCAAGCGAAAUGGUUGUAGAUGUGCAG